AUGGGUGAACUCGUGCAAAAAUUGCGUGUUCGUCUCAAUGAUAAACUUCCAGAAGAUUUAAAUACAGACUUUCAACUGCAACGAUGGAUUGACGCAUAUGAGCAGGAUCUGGAAGCAUGCGCAUCUAAAUUUGAGGAGUAUUUGGAAACUCGCAAAAUACUUGGAUACGGUAAUCCGGAAAGCGCUGAAGAUUUUUACCGGCGUCCAUUGAUUCGCAAAUAUGGUCGCUUUCUAACGCAAACUAAAAUAACAAAACAUUUGAUUAAAGAUUUGGAUAAUGGCAUUGUAUUCGUGGAAAUGCCUAUUGAAAAUCCUCAGAAGUUUUUGAAAGCUGUUCGCGUAUCCGAUUAUUUACACACAUUUUUUGGUUUUUGUGAACAUUUUCAAAAUUUGGUAUUGGAAAAUGAAAAGAAAACUGGCCGUCGAUCGUAUGCCGUUUGUAUAUUUGAUCAGAAAGGAUGUUCACUUCUACCUUACAUGAAUCCUUUUGGGGCGAUCAAUAAACUUAUGCUGUAUCGAAUUCAUUUGUGGUUGGAUUACUACAGUGAACUGCUGAAACGCAUUAUUAUCGUUAAUUCGCCAGCAUUUUUGCCCACUAUGCGAAAGGUGAUGGCGGCAUUACUUCCUCCAAAAACACUCAGCCGUUUUAUUAUUGCCAAGAACUUGCCUGAUGACCUAUUACCAUACUUGGCAAUUGACUCCAUACCGGUAGCUUACGGUGGAAAGCUUCUCGUACGGAAUGCGCUUGAUAAUACAUGCGUGCCAUCUGAGCCAAUUACACCGCUUGACUAUCAGGAAAGCGGACAAAUAUGGAGAAAAAAUUUAGUGCAUCCCAUAUCUGAAGAUUUGACAAUAAAGAGUGGUAGCAGUUAUCGAAAAACAUUCAAAGUCAUGUCUGGCCAGGUUUUGCUGUAUGAAUACCUUGCCACUGGUGACUUACAGCUCUGGAUUUGUCAAGAUAAUAAAAUGCUAACACCGAAAUUCGACCAUACAACGCUAAAACUUACAGAAGAAGGAGAAGUGAAUGUACGUGUAAAUGGAAUAUUAUCAAUAAAUAUAUUAAAUCGAAGCAAAAUCUUCCCAUUGAAAGUAAAUUUGUCUUAUGCUAUUGUAUAA